ACAAGUGACGGCUGACGAGAGUGACGAGUUGUCAGUAAUACUUGUUUUGGUAGUGAUUGUGACUGAAAUUUCAGAAAUUCAGAGGUUUGAGAACUUACUGGUGAAGUAACGUUGUUUUACUACGGUCGGUUACAAUUUAUUAAAAAAAAUACUAUACGUUUCUGAUGGAAUUGAUCUUGUUUGUGUUUGAAACUGUGUUUCGGAAUCAAUGCAAACUGCAAAGCUUUAAUAUUUAUGUAUAAAAAUACCUAAGUGUAUGAAUACGCAAGUAAUAACAAUGUUAUUUAUCUUUAUUUUAUGUAUUUUGCAACCAGUCUUAAUGUCCAAAGAAUCUGGAUGUGGCUGUAACCUUAAUCGUGGGAAAGAUGAAGGUGUCGAUAAAGCGAAUUUCAUUGAUUCUAAUGAAAUUGAACAAUGUCCUUUUGAGGAUGGAAACAAAGCUAGUAAGUAUCUCAUCUCUGAACAGAUGAAUACAUUCGAUGAGAUGAUAUUAGUGCCAGCCGGGGAAUAUCAAGUGGGCACAGAUGAUAUAGCAAUAGAAAGUGAUCAAGAAGGUCCGAAAAGAAUAGUGAAACUAGAAAGUUUUUACUUAGAUAAAUAUGAGGUUUCAAAUAAGAAUUAUGCUAAUUUUAUAAGUGAAACUAAUUAUAAGACUGAAGCUGAACAAUUUGGAGAUAGUUUUGUUUUCUCAGCAUUCCUGAAUAAUACAUUUAGAGAGCAAUUAAAGGAUUUCCGUGCUGUGCAAGCAAUGUGGUGGUAUAAAGUACUUGGUGCUGAUUGGAAGCAUCCACACGGGCCUGAUUCUGAUAUUCAAGAAAUAAUGGAUCAUCCAGUUAUUCAUGUAUCUUGGAAUGAUGCAAAAGCCUACUGUAAAUGGAAGGGUGCUCGGCUACCAACAGAGGCUGAAUGGGAGGCAGCAUGUCGAGGAGGCCAUCGUGACACCAAGUACCCUUGGGGAGACAAGCUGUUCCCUGACAGAAAGCACAUGGCUAACAUCUGGCAAGGGACUUUUCCCACGCAUAAUUCAGCCAAAGAUGGUUAUGUGGGCACUUGUCCAGUAGACAUGUUUCCUCCAAAUGACUUUGGACUAUACAACAUGGCUGGUAAUGUGUGGGAGUGGACUGAAGACUCAUGGGCUGGAAAAAAUCCGAAAGAAAAGGUAAAGAAGGGUGGUUCUUAUUUGUGCCACCUGUCCUACUGCUAUCGUUAUAGAUGCUCAUCACGAUCUCAUAAUACGGAGGACAGUUCUGCAGGAAACUUGGGAUUCCGAUGUGCUAAAUCGGCGUAAUCAUAAUAUAGUGUUCCUUUAUUAAAAGUGGCUACAAAAGGAGCAUACUCCAAUCCGCAAUGUUUUCAUUGGAGUUUCGACUUUAUGGUGAUAGGUACAAUAAAAUUGCAAAUCGAAUAAGGACUAUAGAUUGAAUAAAAUCAAAUAAGGAAUAAGUCAAAAUAUUACCGUUUAUUAUAUAUUAUGUUCCUAAUGCGUUAUUGAUAGAUUCUCCAAAAUGAAAGUUAGGCCAAUAACUAAGUCCUAGUGCACAAUCCCGUUAAGAUUUUUUUAAAUUACUUGAACAUGACAAAAAAAGAACAAAUAAAUUGCUUAAAAAAUUGUUAUA